CUGAAACGAAUCGUAGUAGUGGCCAAUAACGAGGUCGGAGUGAUAUCCGACAUUACCAGGGUGCUGGCUGAUGGCGGAAUCAACGUGGAAGGAAUUAACACCCAGUCCCACGGAGAGCAGGGUACAGUGGUACUUACUGCCGAUGAUACCGACCACGCUCUAGCCCUGCUCAACGAGGCCGGUUUCAAGGCGGUCAGCGACGACACCAUAGUGCUGAGGCUGAAGGAUGAACCCGGCAAGCUGGCGGACGUGGCAGAUAGCCUGAAGCAGGCAGGGGUGAACAUCCAGAGCAUGCACAUUCUCGGACGCGACGCUGGAUACACCACCAUCGGCUUGACCACCGACGACCGGCAGAGAGCCGAAGCGGUGAUCCGCGACGCCACCAUUAUCUGA